AUGUCAACUCCAAUUGAAAAUGCCGACAGAAGAGCCAACGAAGCAGCUGAAAGUCUCCGAAUAGCUGAAGAAGACCUCAGACACUGGAAAACUGCCAACCCUCAAGACUUUACCAGUGCCGGUUACAUGGCUCUCUCUGCUGAAGUCACUGCUUGUAGAGCAGUAUUGGCAGGAGCCCAAAGAAACUACAACAAUACUCUUGCAGCACAAAGCGCAAGAAUUUCGGCCGGUGUGAUAGCUGAGCAAAGAAUCACCCUACAGGAAUAUUUGCAAACAAUCCCUCCACUUCCCACGUAUUCCAAUACUUUGCCAGGUCCCACUUCCACAAAACCACCAGGUGUCCGACAUCCACAAUGGACUCUGCAUUGGGAAACAUUUGGACAAGAAGUGAUGGAUUUUGUUUGCACGGAAAUUGAACCUGUUACAGAAACAGUUUUACCUCCCGUGUUUGAAAUGCUUGACACUGAAAUUCGAACAGAAGUUCCAGCUCUUCAAAUGUUUAUUUCGCAAAACUAUUUGCGUCCUGUUGCCAUUCACUUUGGUGCUACAGUCGUUACUACUGAAUUCGGAAAUUAUGUUGGCAGUACGGACAGCCAUUUUGAAAGAAACGGAAAAACGAUCAUCAUUAACGAAUACAAAGGCAAAUGGAGUUUGAAUCCAGAAUGGUUUGAAAAUGGCCGUAUUGACCAACUCAACAUCAAUCAUUACAUACGGGAUGCAAUUGUCCAGCUUUACACUUAUAUGGUUCUGAAUCGUCUGCAGUACGGAAUUUUGACCUCUUCGGAAUAUACAUUCUUCUUCAAAAGAGUCAAAGUUGAAGAUUCUUCAGAUGGGUUUGAACAGUUGUUUAUUUCAACUGGAAUUGCCCGCACUGCUACAAACCCUACGGUGCUUCAAAGUAUCGCUUACUUUUUGUCUUUAGCAGAUGGAACCCUAUGUACAUCGCCUCCUCCUUCACCACUACGACAAUCUCCGAGAAAUAGCAGACCAUCAAGUACGAGAAAUUCACCUUCAACUCUGAGAAAAAUGGUAGAAACAACAAACUUUGCGUCUGGCAACGAAGAUGGCUCUGUUCCUAUUCAAAAAGACGCUGAUUCAUCUUACGAAUCUGCUUUUGCUUUGGAAGAUUUUAAUAUCAAAUCAGUUUUGGGAAGUGGAAGAACAAAGGUUUAUUAUGAAGCAAAGCAUCAACUCGCUCUUAAAAGCAUAGACCUUUGGAAACAAUCCAACAUGCUUGCUGAAUUACACAACGAAAUUGAAAUUUAUUGCUUACUCUCGGACCUCCAAGGAAGAUUUAUUCCCAAACUUGUAUUGCAUGGCUACUGGGAAGGCGGCAUGUAUUGUAUAGGAUUUUCGCUGUGCGGUACUGUUCCCGAAGCGCUUUCUGAAUCACAAAAGCAGUCUGUUUUGUCAAAUAUUGAUGCUAUACACAAACUUGGAAUUAUUCACAACGAUAUCAAAAAGGAAAAUAUCUUGGUUGAUGAAAAUGGAAUGGUCUACUUGAUAGACUUUGGAUUUGCGACUCUAAAUUCUUGCGAGGAUGCACAGCAAGAUGAGAGGAAUCAGUUGUUGAACUUACAAAUCCAAAAUUUGGCGAAAAAAGUAGAUGUACAACUUAUCACCUGGAUUAGAAGAGUUGCUACUCUAAAUGAUUCAGAUUUGGAAGAAGAGCUCAAUUUGAUCAACAAGAAUUCACUCAAUGUAUUUGCAAGAGUAAUCAGUCAUACACACCAUCCAGAAUUAGAUUUUCAUACAGAAAUGGAACGUAUGAAGCACAUCCACAUGCAGAUACAAUCGAUUUAUUGGUUUCUAUUGGAGUAUACAUUAUCUGCCAUCAAUUCGGAAACACCAGUCAGUUCUCAUAUGGAUGACAAUACUAGAAUCAAGCAAAUUCCCUUUCAGCCUUCAUUCCUUUGUGAAGAUGACAAAGUUGAAGCUCAAGUAAAAGGUGAAAUGGUUAUUUUUACGAGUCUUGCCAAUUUGAACAUUUAA